AUGUUAGCCGGCGUUGAAGACCUAUUUGAGAUCGAUCAGAAGAUCGCUGGGAUCGAGGAAGAACGAAAAAAGCUGGCUAAACAGUUGGAACGGGCUCGUGUCUUCGAAGAACGGGCAUUAGAAGUCGCUAAGAGGAAUAAUGAAUUGGUGGAUGAAAUUGUGCACAAGGCAACUAGUUUGGCUAAUGUACAAUCUCUCAGAGAGAAGUACGGUGAUUUGAAAGUCCUAAGGCAAUUAGAAUCGUUUUACCUUGAACAGGAAGCUCAAGAGAAGGCGCAGGAACGGCUAAAAGCGUUGGACCAAGAGCUCGAUAGUACCAACGAAGUUUCGUUGGAAAAACUCAAGUAUUGGUACGAUGAGCUAGUCGAUAUUGAUAGUUCUGGGCCUGUUUACACGAGGUUUGAAGAGAUUUGCCAACAAGAGGCCCAUAUCUUAAGCGAAGAAUUCAAAAAGACUCUUCUUGAGACAAAAUGGGAUACCCAGACAUUCGUGCCGGUAGCCAUUGAUACCAUGAGGCAGGCUUCUACCGAUCUGUACCAUCUAGGACAAUUCAUUUUUGGUGGUAAACCGCGAUUAUGGAAUUUCGAGUGUAUUGCCAACAAUUUCAAGAUCAGAUUCACAUAUCAUUUCCACAAGGAUACUUUCAAAUUGGAAACCUAUUUUAAUUUUUUGAACGAUUAUCUGCAAGAGAAUUUACACAAGGCUAUAAGUAUCUUCCACGAUGAAGGGCUCUCAAAGCAGUUUGUACUUGAACAGUUCAUCGACCAUGUAUUGGCACCAAUCAGGGAUAAAGUGCGCGCCAAUCUGAUGAGGGAUGAUCGUAGUAUCAUUAUAACACUGAUUUCGCAGAUCCUUAAUACGGACCGAAAUUUGUCACAUAAAUUUCAUUACCACGGAGAUGGCCUAAUUUCACUCAUCUCACCUGAAAUCUGGGAUCUAUGGCUAAGUCAUCAGGCCGGGAUAGCAACAAGACAAUACCAACAGAUUACUGCGAAUCCCAAGGAAAUGGCUCAAUCUGCAUCUGAUUUUUUAAAGCUUUUAAACAGGGCUUUCGAGACUUUGACGCCUUUCUACGAAAUAGAAGCGCCAUCACUACGCAGGUAUAAACUGUUGAGUUGCUCACAGAUCUUUAUCGGGCUUACUUCAACCUACAUGGAUUAUCUUGUUUCAGUGGAUGCCUUAGAUAAGCAACAUACGGAUGAGGAAGAACUUUACCAAACUCUGGUCAAAUUGCAAAACUUCAGUACCGUUUACAAACGAAUCUUUGAACUCUCACAGGAGUAUAUAAUGAUCUCUUUGACGGAUAUCGUCAAUGAGAAGGAAGGCAAGAACUAUCAGUCAUUGUUCCAAAGCGUUUUGACUGAGUACAGAAAGAUCAUCGAUGAUGUGACACAACCUACAAUGGUUCACCGAAUCCAGAAAUUACUUAAGGAAUCAUUGCGAAACUAUUUCAAGAUUGGCUCAUGGAGCUCGCAAAAUCAACAAAGCAGUAAUACUAGCGCAGAAGUGGUAAACGCAAUAAAGCUUAUGAGUAGGAUCAUUCUCGGUCUCGACUCAUUAGACAUUCCUCUCGAAGUUUCUUUAGCAAUAAAGAACGAUUUAUUGAAUAUCAUUGUCAAUUAUUUCAUCGAAUCCAUCCUUAAGCUGAACCGUUUCAAUCGGAUUGGAUUAAACCAGUUCAGACUAGAUUUUCAUGCUUUAAAAGAGUCUUUAAACCUACCUGACACUGCCGUUAGUAGUCAGGAAAUCGUCAUUACUGAACUACUCGCGAUCUUGGAUUUGAAAUACGAUACGAACCACAGCGAAUUUUUCGAAACUUCAUACAUCAAAAGGGCAGAAUAUAAUGAACUAAGAACAUUGCUGUCUAUCAAAAAAUUGAAGGAUUCGGAAAUCCAGGACGCAUUAUAUAGAGUAGCAUAUGGGAAUGUAAUAUAA